AUUUUCAAAUGUCCUGAAAUGUUUCUGGUUGCUUUAUUAGCUCGCAAGCCAUAUUUAUGCUCACACAAGUUGGGUGUAAAGUCAUUUUACUCCAACAAUAUAGAAUCAUAAAGAAACCUUAAAUGCGAAGGAUUCACAACCCGGUCACAUUUAACAGCGGUCACACUGCGCCAUCUAACGUUCCUGUUGUUUAUUACACCGCAAAGUGAUCAGAUUUGUGAUUCAAGCUGUUUCCAAACAGCACAUUCAACCACGUCGCAAUGCAAUUUGGCGUGGCGCUGAACGAAUACUUUUUCCACUUGAAACAACUUGGUCCGACAGAACAAGAGCCUUUUUUCAAAGGCUGUCGUCUGUGCCACACCCACAACAAAAGCCCAAAGACCACUGAUGGAGCAAGAUAACUCCGCCACCGCGCUUUCUUGUUGGAGAUACUUAAUAAAUUCAAGUGAAGCUGCAUCGGUAGUACAGCGACAGAGUUGUAAAAAAGAACGGGGUUGUUUAUCGUUAUCCACUGUCACACAAAUAUGCAGCAUGAAGCUAAUAAAGUUGACUUAUCCUUAAUUAAGCUACAGUAGAACGCCUACGAAAUUUAAACUAUUUAACGUUUAUAUUAUUAUUAUUGUUGUUGUAAUAUUAAUACGUACAUGCGUAUUUUUGUCUACUGUUUGAAAUGUGCGCGAACCAUCUUGUUAUCGUAAAGCGUUUUGUCACGUGACUUCUCUGGUGUCACCUGACUUCAUGUUGCCGUUGAAGGCAAAAUGGCGGCCCAUCUUUCAUACGGCAGAGUUAAUUUAAACAUUUUGAGAGAAGCGGCACGAAAAGAGCUUCGAGAGUUUUUGGACAAGUGUGCAGGAAGUAAGGCCAUAGUUUGGGAUGAGUAUCUGACGGGGCCUUUUGGUCUGAUAGCUCAGUAUUCUCUUCUGAAGGAACAUGAAGUGGAAAAGAUGUUCACCCUGAAGAGCGGCAGACUCCCCUCUGCUGACGUCAAAAACAUCAUCUUCUUUAUCCGUCCCAGGCUGGAGCUUAUGGACAUCAUUGCUGACAAUAUAUUUAGUGAAGAUAAGCUCCAUCCGGCACGAGACUUCCACAUCCUGUUCGUGCCUCGGCGGAGCAUGCUGUGUGAACAGCGGCUGAAGGAGCAGGGAGUGCUUGGCUCCUUUGUCAACAUUGAUGAGUAUAUCCUGGACCUGAUUCCUUUUGAUGGUGACCUGCUUUCCAUGGAGUAUGAAAGCGCUUUUAGGGAGUGCUAUCUGGAAAAUGACCAGACGAGUUUGUACCACACAGCCAAAGGCCUCAUGACCUUACAGGCGCUCUAUGGGACCAUCCCUCAGAUAUUUGGGAAAGGAGACUGUGCACGUCAUGUUGCCAACAUGAUGUUGCGGAUGAAGAGGGAGUUUGCUGGCACUCAGAAUCAGAUUCUACCGGUGUUUGAUACUCUUCUUCUCCUGGACCGAAACGUUGACCUCUUGACCCCCCUCGCUACACAGCUCACCUAUGAGGGACUUAUUGAUGAGAUCUAUGGAAUAAAUAAUGGAUAUGUCAAGCUCCCUCCAGAGAAGUUUGCACAGAAAAAGCAAGGUGAAGGUAGCAAAGAUUUGCCUACAGAGCCCAAGAAGUUACAGCUGAACUCUGCAGAGGAACUGUACGCGGAAAUCCGCGACAAAAACUUCAAUGCUGUUGGCGCGGCGCUCAGCAAAAAGGCCAAAAUUAUAUCUGCAGCCUUCGAGGAGCGCCAUAAUGCUAAAACAGUGGGCGAGAUAAAGCAGUUUGUGUCUCAACUGCCUCACAUGCAGGCAGCUCGAAGCUCGCUGGCCAACCACACGUCUGUUGCUGAGCUGAUUAAAGAUAUAACCACAUCUGAGGCCUUUUUUGAUAACCUAACAGUGGAGCAGGAGUUUAUGACGGGCGUCGACACAGACAAGGUGAACACAUACAUAGAAGACUGCAUCGCCCAGAAGGAUCCACUAAUCAAGAUUCUGCGCCUGGUGUCCAUGCAGUCAGUGUGCAACAAUGGCCUCAAGCCGAAGGUGCUGGAUUACUACAAGAGGGAGAUACUUCAGACUUAUGGCUAUGAACACAUACUAACGCUGAACAACCUGGAGAAGGCGGGUCUUCUGAAGUCACAGACAGGCUCCAGAAAUAACUACCCCACUAUUAGAAAAACCCUCAAGCUGUGGAUGGAGGACGCCAACGAGCAGAACCCAAACGACAUCUCGUAUGUGUACAGCGGCUACGCGCCGCUCAGCAUCCGGCUCACUCAGGUGCUGGCGAGGCCGGGCUGGCGCAGCAUCGAAGAGGUGCUAAAGAUGCUGCCGGGCCCACACUUCGAGGAGAGACAACAGCUCCCAUCUGGACUUCAUAAGAAACGCCAACAGGGGGAAAACCGAACCACGCUGGUUUUCUUCCUCGGCGGGGUGACGUACGCAGAAAUAGCCGCUCUGCGUUUCCUCUCUCAGAUGGAAGACAGCGGCAUGGAGUACAUCAUAGCCACUACAAAACUCAUCAACGGCACCACUUGGAUCAAAUCCCUCAUGGACAGACCAGAAUCUCAGAUUCCCUGAGCCUCCUACACUACCGCUGUUUUGUGGCAGGUCGCCACAAAACAGCCCCUCUCCCACACCCAUGAGUAGCGGGUGUCAUGUGUGAAUACUUUUGGCAUCAAGCGCAAUUUACAUCUGUCUACAAUAAGUUUGCUUGCUGAUGGCAACUGGACAACAGAGAUAAACCUGGAUUUAUACUGUUACAUGACUGCUUAGCUGAAGAUAUGCUAUAUAUAUGUUUGUAUGCCUUGUAAAGAAUCAAACAUGUGAAUAAAGACUCACUUUGAUUUGCUUCGAAAA